UUUUGAACGUUCCCUAACAGUAUUUGUUUUCAGUUCGUUUGCACUUAAGUUUAAGCAUAAGGACCUGGAGAAAUUACCUGUGACUCAUCUCUGGAAACUACGGUUACAUUGGUUACACCGUGAAUCUACAGCAACAAAUACGGAAGUAACGGAACAGAUGAUGACAGCAAUGGUGUUGCAUGUAUUAUUUCAAGUGUUAUAAUGUGCAGCUUGAAAUAAUACAUGUAACAGCCAAUGUUUCAUCUAAACCUCAUCAGCCGGAAGUGGAAAUCAUGUGCAAGAUGACAACCGCUGACGAAGCGGUAACCUCUGAAUAUAUUUGUUUAAAGUGUUUCAUAUAGGGUGACGACGGGUGUUAUCGGCAGGUUUGUCAUGAGGAGUUUUUGUCGACCAAAUUUCCUGACACUUGGUCGUAUUAAGAAGGAUUUGAGGCAAACUCUGAGUUCAACAGCUUAAAAAAACCAUGACGAAGAGAGCAAGUGAUUAGUGUCUUACCAACAAACUCGUGUUAAAAAUGAUGCUAUGUUUUUUUUCGCCUUGGCAAUAUGCAGAACAGUGCCCAGGUAACCACUAAGCACUGUUCUGAGCAUUAUAACAGCCAUUAAACAGCUUUUCAGUGCUAAAUAGCUCUAUAUAAGCAUUCCUAAUGCUUAUGGGCACUAUAACCAGUAAGAACUAAAUUAAGCCCUGUAAGCCUAUAUAAAGCCUACAAGCUGUAAAGAAGUUUGUCAGUGCUGUCACAGGGCUUGGAGCACAUGACGUUUAUAUCAAUCAAAAUAGUUUUCGACCAAAACAGACUCGAGUCGGUCAUGAUCAAUACAUUUUAAACAUCCAUGUCGGACGGGAUUGACGGAACGGGAUUAUUUUUGUUGUUGGAAUGUUUAUCGGAAUGGUGUUGUUAAAUAGAUAAUGAAAACUGGUUAUGUUAAUUAUUCCAUUUUUUCAAUCAAGACAAACUCCAGCUCGUUUCUCUAUUCUUCUGAAACGUUUCCCGAAAAUUUAUAUAAACAUUGCUUCUCCUGCUUCAUUUCCUGCGUUCGUCACCACCAAGCUUACCACUGAAUCAUCCUCAUCCCAUAUCAUUUUCAACCCUCGAAAUGCCCAAACUGUUUUGUUUUUCAUGGUUUAAAUACUAGUUUGAUCACACCAUUCCCAUGGUGCAUUGGUGGAGCAGAUGAGAAAGGCAACAGACUUGGACUUUAUCAGGAACCCGGAGGACAACAGCUAGAAUCUGGAUGAAGUAGCAAAAAAGCAACUUCAAUGGAAGCGAAGGAAGUUAGAAAAGAACAGGAGAUAAACAAAAUAUUUUUUUUUUCUUUUUUCUUUGUCUCACUUUUGACAACUUUCGCUCCAGAGACUUGGUACGAUAUUUUAAAGUUGGCCGUAUAUCAGCCGAAUAAUUCGCCAAAAGUGGCUUUUGAGCAGCUCUAUAAGAGGAUAUAGAACCAAUAAGCUCUGUUAGCCAGGUUCUACAUUCGACUAUAGAGCCGACUUAAUGCCAUUUUUACGGCUUAAUGGUUACUUGGGUGAUAUUUACUUGGGUUCUAGCAGCAGCAUUUGAUGGCCCAGUAAUCAAGUAAACUUUACGUUUGAUAGCGAUUGAUUUAUAUGUAUUAUUGGAUAAUGCUGUUUGUAUUAGUUCGUUCCAUUUUGCAAUGCAAUUUAAUUUUGAUAAUUUUCAUUUGGUACACAUAUUCCUGUAUUAGUGGAAAGAUAAGAAUUCGUUUUGUUGUGACCCAUCUCUGGAAACUUCGGGCCAUGUAUUAACCUUCUUAGUAACAUCAUUUCCAUCGCUAAAUCUGUAAAUUUAUGCUAUUGUUUACGGAACAGUUAUUACAAGAUGUCCCUGUCUGUCUCUGAUUUUGAUAAAAAAAAAACAACGCUGGCUGGCCUACGGCUGGACGCUUUAAUGUUUGCAUUGCAUCGUAGAUGUACUGCAAGGAUUAAACAUAACUAGAAAAAUUAAGUAAGCAGUCGAUUCCCAGCAUUAUGGCGAUGAAUGCCUGAAUUCCAUUGUCAUCUAUAUAUCCUUUGCAUCGACUUGGUGGAAAAAUAAAUGAAUUUGAAACUGCAAAUGCAGUAAAUUCCAAUAUAAAUUUGUAGUGUUUAAUAUGGAGUAGUAUGUGUACAGUGAAUGCUGUUUAACAACUAUGUACUGGAAUCAAAGAAAAACGACUUCUUGAAAGAUUCUUUUGCCGUUUAUCAAGGUGAGCCGAAAACACAUGUUCUUUUGAUGGUUGAACUCAAUAUUUUUUUCUCUUCAGGUCGACGUUCAAUCGAGGUGAUUGCUAAAAAAAAAAGUCCAGCAACGAUACAACGCCAUGAAUAUUCUUUCAACCACGGACACUAAUGUGAACGAAGAAACGCUGGUCUUGAAAAGUUCGAUUAGUUCUACUGCUGUUUUUUGCGAACACUUAGCAGUGGGAUUUAUGGAUUUUUUUAAGGCUGGACAUCAUCAUCGUGAAUGUUGGUGAACACGCGCUAGGGCACCAAAACAGUACUGGUGGUCCAUUCAAUUACAUACUUGACGGCCAAAGAAUAGAAGGGCAUGAGCACACUCAUACCGAAGAUGGCAACAAUGGAUGCUACAUGUACUAUUUCAAGCGUCGUAUAUAGCUUAAAAUAGUACAUGUAGCAUCCAUUGUUUCAUCAAUAGCAUCUGCUUAUUUUUGCUCGUUGCAGUGUUUGGAAUGUGUCGGUAAUAAAUGACAUUAUAUAUUUGCAAAUGUAAGUAAUUUUGGUUUUGUUUCAGACUUUUUUCUACGGAGGUAAUUGUACAUAUGUAACAACGGCGUCGUCAAUAUUCGUCCAAUCGUAAUUACUGAAACGGAAUUCGGUCUUAAAAGGUUCGAUUGAUCCAAUUACAACCCUUAACAACUAUGUACUGCAAUCGAAAAAACAACUUGAAAGAUUCUUUACCUGAAUUUGCCGUUCAUCAAGGUAAGUCGAAAACUCAUGUUCUUUUGAUGGUUUAACUAAAUGUUUUUUUAGGUAGACGUUCAAUCGAGGUGAUUGCUAAAGAAAGUUCAGCAACGAUACAAUGUCAUGAAUAUCCUUUCAACCACGAUAACUGAGAUGAACAACGCCGGCCUUGAAAAGUUCGAUUAGUUCUACUGCUGUUUUGGUGAAUACUUAGCAGUGGGAUUUAUAGAGAUUUUCAAGACUGGACCAAAGCAGUGGUACAUCGAUCAUCAUUGUGAAUGUUCGUGAACUCGCGGUAGAGCAACAAAAACAGAAAUUCAUUAGAAACAUGUAUUUAUAAUAUAGAGAAGUCCACCGAUAAUCUAACUCGAGGAUAUUUCGAAGAAUAUGGACGUGGAAGAUUCGAUGUGGAAAACAGUAGUAGUGAUUUACCUAAUCGCAGACUUGGAGGCCAAAGAAUAGAAAAGCACGAGCACACUCAUACCGGAGAUGGCAACAAUGGAUGUUACAUGUACUAUUUCAAGCGUCAUAUGUAGCUUGAAAUAGUACAUAUAACAUCCACUGUUUCAUCAAUACCAUCUACUUGUUGCUGCUAGUUGCAGUGUUUGAAAUGUGUCGGUUAUAAAUGACAAUAUUUUGAAAAUGUGACUAAUGAAAGUUUUGUUUCAGACUUUCUUUCUACGGAGGUAAUUGCUGUACAUUUUCCAUAACAACGGUGGCGUUAAUAUUUAUUCAAUUGUAAUAACUGAAACGAAAUUCGGUCUGAAAAGGUUCGAUUGAUCCAACUACUGUUUUGUCCUGAUCAUCAUCGUAACUGCUAGCUAACAAAACAGCGGUAGAAUGUGACGAAAACAACAUUACAAUUCAUGAUCGUGCUAUUGAGAAGAUCAUCCGCUGCCAGUGACAGUUCAGUUUGAAGAUACUCCGCAAGAAAAAGGACCCGGGAUUGACAUUGCAAGGCAACUCUUGAAGAGCGAUCAUAGUGGAAUAUUUUAGUGAUCAAAUCACGAGGCGAAAGAAUGGAAUUCAGACCGACGAUAACAACAAUGGUUGUUCCAUGUAUUAUUUCAAUCGUCAGAAUGCGCAUCCUAAAGUGUAGUACAUGUAGCAGCCAAUAUUUCAUCAAUAGCGCAGGCUGUGUGAUAGUCAAUCCACAUUAUCAUAUCACUCGGCUUCACUGGCGUUUGAAUGCACUACUGGUAGCACAUCAUGCGAUCUAGUAGGCACAGCACACGUUCUCCACCUCAGACUGUCGCUAACGUCAAAGUAGACGCCGAAGUCAUCUUUCGGGAGCACCCGCUUGGAUGUAAUAAACUGAGUCACACACAAUCAAAAGUGGCAAAAUUAUAGAAAUCAACAACAAUAAACAAUGAAACGCCGGUCUUGAAAAGUUCGAUUAGUUGUACUGCUGUUUUGUCGAACACUUAGCAGUAGGAUUUAUGGAAUUUUUCAAGACAGGACCACCAACAAAAAUAGCAGUGAUGAAAGUGAAGUACCAUCGGUCAUGAUCGUGAACGUUGGUGAAGGAACACGCGCUAGAACAUCAAACACAGAAAUUCUGUAGGAACAUGAGGAUGUUUUGAGGAAAAUGGACGUGGAAGAUUCUAAGUGGAAAACAUUGGUAGUGAUUCAUCGUAUCACUACCUACUAUGGAAUAGAAGAGCACGAGCACACUCAUACCGAUGAUGGCAACAAUGGAUGCUACAUGUACUAUCUCAAGCGUCGUAUGUAGCUUGAAAUAAUACAUAUAGCAUCCAUUGUUUCAUCAAUACCAUCUCCUUGUUGCUGCUCGUUGCCGUGUUUGGAAUGUGUUGGCAAUCAAUGAUAUAUGUAUAAUCUUUGGAAAUGAGAGUAAUAAAAGUUUUGUUUCAGACUUUCUUUACGGAGGUGUACAGCAACUAUAUAACAACGGCGCCGUCAAUGUUCGUCCAAUCGUAAUCACUGAAACGAAAUUCGGUCAUAAAUGGUUCAAUUGAUCCAACUACUGUUUUACCCUAAGCUUUAUCUUCGCAUCAUGAAUGCUAGUUCUUAACACAGCGGUGAAAUGUUACGAAAUCAGCAUUACAAUCCAGAAUCGUCAUAUUGAGAAAACUAUACGCUGCCAGCAACAACUUAACUUGAGGAUACUCUGGAGAAAAAGCAUCCUGGAUUGUUACUGCAAGGAAUUUCUCGAAAAGUUAAUUAAUAGUGGUACAUCUCUAGGGUAAUCUAAUCACGAGGCGAAAGAAUGAGAGCAAAAUCAAACCGAAGAUAACAACUAUGGAUGCUCCACGUCCAGCGUCAAAAUGUGCAUCCUAAAGUAUAAUACAUGUUACACCUAAUCUUUCAUCAAUACCACAGUCUGUGUGACAGUCAAUCCACAUCAUCAUAUCGCUUGGCUUCACUGGCCCUACUUGAAUGCACUACUGGUCGAUCUAGUAGGCACAGCAUAUACGGCCUCCACCUCAGACCAUCGCUAACGUCAAAGUAGACGCAGAAGUCAUCGCUCGGGUGCAUCCGCUUGGUUGUAAUAAUCAGAGUCACACACAGUCAAAGGUGGCAAAAUUAUAGAAAUCAUUCUCACGAAGCCCUGUACACACGGAAGAGUUAGGAACACCGUUCGAGAAAAUAGUAGUUACAUUUACUGAUGGUGUACUGCAGAAACUAAAGUGGUAGUGAAGAACACGUAACUUGUUUUGGCACAAAAUUAAACCAACUCAAAAUAUUCAACCAAGAAAAUGGACGCUGAUUCGUCAGAAAAUGAAGAAAUCGUACGUCUGGAGCAAUUGCUGCAAGACAACUCCACCACGCUGGAACAACAAAGCGCCAAUUUUGAGCAUGACCUCAAGCAGUACUAUUCGCUGAAAGCUGAAGAAACGGUUGUGGAACUGAAUUUCGAGAGCUGGAAGCAGCUGUACCGCAAACAGGAAGCCGAACUCAAUGAAAAGCACGCCAAAAUGCGUGACGCCAAGUUAAACAUUUGGCGUGAUCGUGAAGAAUUCUGCGAGUACGCUUUCAAUUUUGCCAAGGAAUUUUCGAUGGAAAAAAGCUUGAACCGGCUGAGGCGAGCUUUGCAAGAUGAAGACAGCCCCGUUGAGCGCAGCCCGAACCUUGACAUAUUUGACACCGAAACUCGAUCGGAAAUAGACGAGCACGUGUUGAAGGUGGAGGCUGUCGAAAAUGAGAUUGCAAAUCUUCAACAGCGAGAAGCUGAACUGGAUAAGGUAGAACUAGAGAUGGCCCCCGAUGAGGAAACUAUUCGACGAUUGCAGGUAGCGGUGGGAAACUCCGCGAGCAGUCUGGAGGAGAUCGAAGCACAAAUCAAAGACAUCGGUGAACGGACCAACAAUGAGUCGCUUGAUGAAACAAUCAAUGACAAGGAAGUUAGGUCGAUUUUGAAAAGACCGUCAUUCUUGACCAAGGAAAUCGAUCGAAAGCAAGUACGUUUCGAAUAAAUGAAGCACUAAAAAUAACACGAAAUGAAAUCUUUAUUAUUAUCUUCUUUUAACCCGUAAACACCCGGGACGGUCUACUUUUGGUAGAAAUGCAAUAUCUUCUUUGUUUUAAAACAUUUUACCCCGGAUUUUUUUUAUAGUCAAGGGGAAUAGUUGUGCUAAGAAAUGCAUGGUACCUCCCCCCUUUGCACCAUCCCCCCUUUUGCGGGGAGCCGAAAAUACGUGGCUUUUUUUUGUAUUUUUUAUAAAUUCUGCAUGUUUUUGCUCAAAUUUCACCGUUUUGCUAAUCAUCAAUAGUUUUCACUGAUCCUAGACAUGCAAUGAUCAAGGAUCAUAGUCUGUUGAAGUUUUGAUCCCAGAGCUAUUCUAAGGCCUCCAAAAUACUCCGAAGUUUGUGACACAAAUGUAACAUUCUCAACCAAAUUUUACGCACGAUGAAUGAUCACAGAACAUAGUCUACGGUACUCAAAAAGCCUCAAAGCACCCCUAGAAAAUUCACGGUACACUUGGGUGAUCUAGGUCAUCCAAACUACUCUGGAAUUCAUUUUCUUAAGAUCUGAAACAUCUACCAUCGUUUGUGUUCACUCUGUUCAAGAAAUUUAGUCACGUUGAUGUCCAUUAGACCUCACUAUGCUAUGAGCAACUUGAUAUUGUGGUAGUUGGACAUUCCGUGAAAUACAAACGGCCUCCAAUACACUUUGAAGUUUGGGUUACGAUAUCUACAUACUGUAUCAUGCUUUAGUUGUGAAAAAUAUUCGUGGAAUGUAGUCUAUACUGAUGAUGGAACCUCAGUGCACAUCUAUAAUGCUUUUGGUACACUCAUGGGAUAUUCCAGGCUUGCCAAACUAUUCUGGAGUUAGGAACUUCAAGGCCUACAGGCUCUACUCUUGUUUUUCUUCACUC